AUUAAUCCUUCCAUGUUAAUUACCAUAUAUAAAGGCAAGUGACAUAACCCCAUUCGUCCGCAUAGAACCAAGUAGACCUGAUACAACCGCGGCUCUAUGAGCUGUACACAGAUUUAGCUACUGGCGGUCUGUCAGCCAGGCUGGUUGUGUCUAUUUGGAAAUUUGACAGGUUGAACAUGGCCUUUGUCCUAUGACACGCCUUGUGGCCUUUUCAUUGAUCUAUUGUGGACUUGGCAAAACCAGGUAGACUUAAUGCAACCACGGCUCUAUGAGCUGUACACAGAUUUAGCUAUUGGCGGUCUGUCAGCCAGGCUGGUUGUGUCUAUUUGGAAAUUUGAUAGGUUGAACAUGGCCUUUGUCCUGUGACACGCCCUGUAACCUUUUCAUUAUGCCAUCGCUCGUAUAAUAUCUUAUUUUAUUUAUUACUAUCAUUUACUGACCAAAAUCUUCUCUUAUAAGCUGCCUAGUUGUCCCUAACCUCGCAAACUAUCAUGGAAAAAAUAAGACGAUCAAAGCAAGAUCAAGUUUCUUGGGCGCUUCUCAAAGACCAAGGCGUUGAGCAUGUAACUUUCCCGAACUUUGUUCACAAAUUUGGCUUUACAAACAGUCGAUCUGCCGUAUCAGCCUACUCGGCACUUCUUCGAGAGACUCAGAUAAACGAAGAACGGAGAAAGAGGCUCAACGAAGAGUUCAAAGAUUUUCAAACAAAUUCUGCAGAGCUGUUUUGGAGUGAAUUGGACUCCAAAGUUGACACUAUUCUCAGUUCCAGAAAGGCUGGGAUUAUGACUAGAGCAGUGGGACUUAAACAAGCCUCAUAUGAUUUCAAUCGUCGUUUUGAGGAUAUGGAGAAUACAGAGCAGAGCGCCCCAACUUACCAUAACGUCGAAAAGCCUACAGGUCUCAAUGAUGAUGAAGAAAGCGAACAAGGUUUUUUUGACAAGACAGAAGAGAUGUCGUUUUCGUCGAUAUCUAAGCAUUUAGAGGAUGCAAGUAGUUCCAUACCUAACCGACAGACAACACCAGCGAUUCUUGUUCACCAGUCCCCUCUCCGAGAAAAUCAACGUCAAUCGCCCCAGUCAUCCAAAGCCCAAAGUGUACCCAUACUUGCACAAAAAAGGAAAGAACACACACAAUCCGAAAAGGCAGGCACAAAAACCCAUUCUAAGAAUAAAAAAAGGGGGGAAUCGACCCAGCCCACAGUCACUGAUAGCGCGAAAAAAAGAAGAAUGGAGCGUCUCGAACGUUUAGAUCAAACAAGAUUUUGGAAGCUUACUUCUGGAAGAUGUGUUGAAAGAGUCUUAUUUGAGGCUAGUAUGACAAUAAACACAACCGUAAACUAUACAAUUGACUUCGAUUGUCCAGUCACCAAGGACUUAUUUACAAGGCAGGAAUGGACCGAAAUUUCAAGUCGAAAUCGAUUUAACUUGCCUGAGCUACCUCCCAGUACACUCGAAUAUCUGCUGAGAUUAAGUCAAGCAGCGAUCGCUAAACAACCUGUGAUCCAAAUUCCCAUGCCAACUGAGGACCGCGGUUCAUGCGAGUUAAUCCUGGAUACCUUUCGUACAUGGUGUCGGUUAUAUAACAAAGCCCCCUCCCCAUUUCUCAUACAAGAUCUGUCAGAAGCCUUCUGGGGCCGGAAAGCAUGGCCCCUACUUAUGGAGUUAUUGGACGACCAAGACAACUUAUUCGUAAUUGAUGGCGAGAAAUCUGGACUGGAGUCUGCAAUACGCAAAAAUCAAGGAAGACAUUUGCAUUUAGACACCUCAGCAUCAAGAAAGCCUACUGGCCGAAAGAUGGAUCUGGUAAUCCGAGAUGUUUUGGACAAGAGAGACUGGAUGAUAGUGGAGAGGAUGAAGACUUGGGAUAUUCACUCUAGUAAAUUCCUUAAAGAAUCAGGAUGGGACCUGUUCCGUGAAACGUAUACUAUUAUGAAACACAGGCUACAGGAUACCAGGAAUCGAGACUUUGAGGAACAUGCUCGCUUUUUUGGAAUAUAUACUGGAGGUCAGUGAGCUUAGGGUGCAUGAUUAUUUUUAUUAUCACCAGGUUUUGAUAUGUGAAAACCAUUCUAUAGACCGAGGAUUUAAAUCAUUCGAGCUGAGACCUUCAGGUGCGCAUUCAUAUGUGUCA